AUAUGGCAGCUUUGUGAGCGGCCAGGUGGAACUCGCUUUUGUUCAAUCGGACUGACAGCGGAAUAUGAGUACACUUUAACGCGCGCACCGCAGCGAGGAUCCGGGGGCAAAGAUGUUAUACCUGAUAUUAAUUUCUGCUGUUUCUGGGGCCGUCGUCACGCUGCUUUUGCAGCUCUUCCUGUUGUACCGGAGGAGCCCUGAGCCUGUCGCGAGGACAGUGCAGUAUGUCAAAGCAGUUCCUGAUCCCGCGCUGAAGGAUUACUUUAGCAAUCAACAUGCCGAAGCAACGCAGCAACAACAGCAAGACAUCACAUACUCUGCCUCCAAGCAACCAGAGGCCGCUUCUCCCAAACAGCAAGAACCCACAGUCCCCGGCAGCAGCCCCAAACAACAGCCGUCCUCGCCACCGCCUUCCCAGAGCGACCUUCUCCACACUUCUAAAGCGGAGACAUGCGAUUUCCUCAACGCAAUAUUUUUGUUUUUAUUCCGCGAGCUACGCGACACCCCAGUGGUCAGGCACUGGAUCACCAAAAAGAUCAAAGUAGAGUUCGAGGAGCUCCUCCUAACCAAGACCGCCGGGCGCCUGCUGGAGGGGCUCAGCCUGCGGGAUAUCUCCCUGGGCGACUCGCUGCCCGUCUUCAAAACAGCCAAACUCAUGAAGCCUGUGGCUCUCAAUGAAGACAACAUGCCAGAGGAGCUGAACUUUGAGGUGGACUUGGAAUAUAACGGCGGCUUUCAUUUGGCCAUCGAUGUUGAUUUAGUAUUCGGCAAAUCGGCUUAUCUGUUUGUGAAGAUGACCCGGGUUGUCGGCCGGCUGAAGCUGCAGUUCACCCGCAUGCCUUUCACGCACUGGUCCUUCUCCUUCAUGGAGGACCCGCUCAUAGACUUUGAGGUGAAAUCUCAGUUUGAGGGUCGUCCCUUGCCCCAGCUCACCUCUAUCAUAGUGAACCAGCUCAAGAGAGUCAUCAAGAAGAAGCACACGUUACCAAAUUACAAAAUUAGGUACAAGCCUUUCUUUCCCUUCCAAGUGCAGCCACCACUGGCAUCAUCAUGUGACCUGGACCUCUCCAUCCGUGACACCCUGUUGGUGGAGGGACGUCUGCGUGUCACCCUUAUUGAAUGUAGCAGGUUAUUUAUCCUGGGCUCCUAUGAAAGGGAGACAUAUGUUCACUGCACCUUAGAGCUCAGCACUGACGAGUGGCGGGAGAAAACUCGCAGCUCCAUCAAAGAGACAGAGGUGAUUAAAGGACCAUCUGGGAGUGUGGGUAUGACAUUCAGGCAUGUUCCGGCCACUGAUGGUGACACUGUACACGUGAGCAUAGAGACAGUCACCCCAAAUUCCCCAGCUGCUCUGGCGGACUUACAGAGAGGAGAUCGCCUCAUUGCUAUAGGAGGAGUCAAAGUGACAUCCUCUGUCCAAGUGCCGAAGCUGCUAAAACAAGCUGGAGAGAGAGUGAUAAUCUUUUAUGAAAGGCCAGUGCGGCACCAGGUGCCUACUGUUGGGUUAGUGCCGCUCCAGGAAGCCUUAGGCCCUAUGGAGGAGCCCAACUACCUUCCCCAGCCUGGGGGCUAUGAGGAGGACCCAGUCCCAAUAACCACCAUGGAUAUAACUCUGAACACAGAGAAUGACUCUGAGUUUGAGGAGCUAAUCAUUGAGUCCAAAUCAACUGGAGCUCCAGUCAGUGUUGACACUAAAGAGGACUUCCUGCUCUCUGUAAAUCAAAGCCCCAAAAAGACUGUUGCGAACCUGGCCAAGCCCCUUGGGUCCAUCUCGCCAAUUCUAAACCGCAGACUGAACCUUCAGUCCCCACUCAAACCCCAGCCCAAAGAAUCGCCAAAGCCACCAACACACAAGACUGCUGAACAAUGCGAACAACCACAGAGACCAACAGUGCCCCCUCCUCCACCACCCGCACGCCCACCUGUUCCUCCCAGACCCCAUAUAAAGGUCACAUCUUGCACCUCAGAAACCCAAAAUCUGGUGGAAGGUAGUGAGUCUGCAGUGGAAAAAAGUCCAGAGAAAACACAGACCGCUCCUAGCAAUGGGGACAAACCAGCAGAGAAAACCCCUGUUAAAUCACCAGAGCCAAAGCCUGUGAGUAAACUUCCAGAGCCUGUGGAAAUCCCAAAUAUUCCAGGCACAAACAAGCAAGAUUCAUCCAAAGACAAGAUAUCUGAGAGCACCUCAAACACUAGGUACAGUGUAGAUGAACAGGGUCUCUGGGAAUCAUCCGAGACCAUGUAUCGCAACAGAACUGCUCGCUGGAACAAAGCCUUUGUGGUCUUUGAGGUAGAAAACAACCACAAAUUCCUCAAUGUUGCACUUUGGUGCAAGGACCCCUUCAAGCUUGGUAGUCUCUUGUGCUUGGGCCAUGUCAGCUUGUGCUUGGAGCAAAUUGCGAUGGAAUGCUUAUCAACAUCGUCUGCUGAAUAUCAGAGCACAUUCCGAAUAUGUGCCCCUGAACCAAGGGCAAGUGUCAGCCGCACCGCUUUGCGCAACUUGAGUACUCACAAAGGUUUCAAUGAGAAACUGUGCUAUGGAGACAUUACGCUCAACUUUACUUACCUGGGAGAUGGGGAAUUAGAUCUGUCCAGUGGAUUGACAGAACGUGAAUGGGAGGGGAGUCUCCUGGAAGAGGAGUUCAAAGACAAAGAAAAUAUACGGGAGCAGGUGCUCAUGGUAACUCGGGACGAACCGAGUUAUGGCAGCAUGCAGUUCGGGGAAAUGCGGCACAAUUUUCAGGACACUCAGUUCCAGAAUCCCACUUGGUGUGAGUAUUGCAAGAAGAAGGUAUGGACCAAGGCUGCUUCACAGUGUAUGACCUGUUCUUACGUCUGUCAUAAGAAGUGUCAGGAAAAGUGUCUAACUGAGCACCCUUUUUGCGUAGCAGCCUCAGACCGGCGUGGGGCAGAUCCUGAGGCAAAAUCAACCAUCAACCGAGCAACGACAGGUCUCACGCGGCACAUUAUCAACACCAGUUCCCGUCUCCUAAAUUUAAGGCAGGCGCCGAAAACCAGGCUUGCAGAACAUGUAGCAGAAAUGGGACCAGGGGUUGUAGGACCUUCUCCAAAGCACACGCCUAACACGUCUGACAAUGAGAGCAGUGACACAGAGACCUACACUGGGGCCAGUCCUUCCAAACAGCCACCUGAUAGCAGUGCCUCAAAACUGGUUCGCAAGGAAGGUGGCCUAGAUGACAAUGUAUUCAUUGCUGUAAAAGAGAUUGGUCGAGACCUUUACCGUGGCCUCCCCACAGAUGAGCGCUCACAGAAACUAGAGUUAAUGUUGGACAAGCUACAGCAGGAGAUUGACCAGGAGUUGGAGCACAACAACUCUCUGAUAAUGGAAGAGCGAGAGACAAUUGAUGCCCGACGCAAGACCCUGAUCUCUGCAGCUCUUGCAAAGUCUGGUGAACGGCUCCAAGCUUUGACUCUGCUUAUGAUUCACUACCGUGCUGGCAUUGAAGACCUAGAGUUUGUAGAAAGCUCCUCACCUUCCGAGCAGCAUGGCUUUUCAAAGGUGAAAACAGAGGGUCUGGAGGAGGCGCUGAUGGGCACGGAGGUGUACGAUAGUGACAUUUGUAGUCCGCUUGAUGUUCCAAUGCUAGAUGAGAUUACAGAAAAGCAGAUCUGUGUAGAAGCUCUACCAUAGGGAUGACAAGGGGCAUCAGGGGCUUGAGACUCAAGAACAUAAACAUUUCCCAUUUAUUUCAAGGCUUAAAAAUGACCCGUGAGCAUCCCACAGGUGAAUGUGAAGUUUACAAAAGUAUUCAUGGAUAUUUGCCAGAAUAUCAUGGAGAUGAACUGUCAUUUGAGAAAUUUUGUAAGUGUGUCAGUAGUU